AUGCUGGGGCCUCGGCUGCUGCUGCUCCUGUCCUGCGGGGGAGCCCUGCUCAGCGCCGGUCUGGACAACACCUCCUUUGCCCACCCAGGCCCCCAGAGGCCGAAAGGCUCCCCACAGACAGCUCCGGGCAGAGGCUGGUGCUCCACGUGGGGGGCCGGCCACUUCUCCACCUUUGACGGCCACUCGUAUGACUUCGAGGGGACCUGCAACUAUGUCUUUGCGGCCAUCUGCAAAGAGGCCUCCUCGCCCACCUUCAGCGUCCAGCUACGGCGAGGGCCCGGCGGCGACAUCUCCCGGGUCAUUGUGGAGCUGGGGGCCUCCGUGGUCACGGUGAACCAGGAGGUCAUCUCCAUCAAAGACGUGGGAGCCGUCAGCCUGCCCUACACCAGCAACGGGCUGCAGAUCACCCCCUUUGGCCAGAGCGUGCGGCUGGUGGCCAAGCAGAUGGAGCUGGAGUUGGUGGUUGUGUGGGGCCCAGGGGGCCACCUCAUGGUCCUGGUGGAAGACAGGCACAUGGGCAAAAUGUGUGGGCUCUGCGGGAACUUCGACGGCGAGAAGACCAACGAGUUUCUGAGCGAGGAUGGCACACUCCUGGAGCCCCACAAGUAUGCCGCCCUCCAGAAGCUGGACGACCCCAAUGAGAUCUGCACCCACGAGGCCAUCCCCAGCCCCCAGGUCCUGCAGGCAGAGCACGCCCAGACCUGCACCCGGCUGCUGACCCUGGUGGCCCCUGAGUGCAACGUGUCCAAGGAGCCGUACCUGCGGAGCUGCCAGGCGGACUUGGCCUCAUGUGCCCAGCCGGGCCAGCAGAGCUGCGCCUGUGCUACGCUGUCCGAAUUCUCGCGCCACUGCAGCCUGGCUGGCCAGCCCGUCCGCCGCUGGCGGGGCCCCAGCCUCUGCUCCCUAGGCCAGUGCCCGGCCAACCAGGUGUACCAGGAGUGUGGCGAGGCCUGUGUCAGGACCUGCUCCCACCCGCAGCACAGCUGCACCGGCGUGUGCACCUUCGGCUGCUUCUGCCCAGAAGGUACGGUUCUUGAUGACGUUUCCAAAAACCUCACCUGCGUGCCAGUGGCCCAGUGCCCCUGCACAUUCGGCGGCGUGACCUAUGCCCCCGGGGAGGUCACUGCAGACACCUGCCGCACCUGCCAAUGUGCCAUGGGACGCUGGAAAUGCAAGGAGAAGCCCUGCCCCCGGCGCUGCGCCCUGGAAGGCGGCUCCUUUGUGACCACAUUCGAUGCCAGGCCCUACCGCUUCCACGGCACCUGCACCUACACCCUCCUCCAGAGCCCCCAGCUCCCCGAUGGGGGCUCCCUCAUGGCUGCAUACGACAAGUCUGGAUACUCGCACUCGGAGACCUCCCUGGUCGCCCUCAUCUACCUGUCCAGCCAGGACAAAAUCGUGAUCUCCCAAGACGAGGUGAUCACCAACAACGGAGACACCAAGUGGCUGCCGUAUAAGACGGGCAACAUCACGGUCUUCAAGCAGACAUCCACCCACCUGCAGAUGGCUACUACCUUCGGGCUGGAGCUGGUGAUCCAGUUGCAGCCUGUGUUCCAGGCCUACGUCACAGUCGGGCCCCAGUUCAGAGGCCAGACCCGAGGGCUCUGCGGCAACUUCAACGGGGAUACAACAGAUGACUUCACGACCAGCAUGGGCAUCCCUGAGGGCACAGCCUCGCUCUUUGUGGACUCCUGGCGAGCAGGGAACUGCCCGACUGCCCUGGAACGGGAGACUGACCCCUGCUCCAUGAGCCAGCUCAACAAGGUAUGCGCGGAGACCCACUGCUCGGUGCUGGUGAACACAGGCACGGUGUUCGAGAAGUGCCACGCCGUGGUGAAUCCCAAGCCCUUCUACAAGAGAUGCGUGUACCAGGCCUGUAACUACGAGGAAACCUUUCCACACAUCUGCGCAGCCCUGGGGAACUACGCCCAGGCGUGUGCCUCGCGGGGAAUUCUGCUCUGGGGCUGGAGAAGCAGCGUGGACAACUGCACCAUCCCCUGCAAGGGUAACCAGACAUACAGCUAUGACAGCCAGGCCUGCGGCCGCACUUGCCUCUCACUGUCGGACCACGCAGCCGAGUGCCACCCCAGCACUGUCCCCGUGGAGGGCUGCAACUGCCCCGAGGGCACCUAUCUGAACCAUAAGGCUGAGUGUGUGCGUAAGGCCCAGUGCCCCUGCCUCCUGGACAACCACAAGCUCAUCCUGGCUGGCCAGUCCACUGUGGUCGAUGGCGUCAUCUGCUACUGUAUGAAAGGGCGGCUGAGCUGCCCUGGACAGCCACAGACGCUCCUGGCAUCCUGCUCAGCCCCCAAGACAUUCCAGUCCUGCAGCCAGUCCUCAGUGAACAAGUUUGGGGCAGCCUGUGCCCCCACAUGCCAAAUGUUGGCCACCGGCACCCCCUGUGUGCCCACCAAGUGUGAGCCAGGCUGCGUCUGUGCCAAGGGGCUCUACGAGAAUGCCAGCGGGCAGUGUGUGCCCCCUGAGGAGUGUCCAUGCGAGUUUGCAGGAGCCUCCUACCCCCGGGGUGCCAAGCUCCACACCGACUGUAAGACCUGUACCUGCUCCAGGGGAAAGUGGACGUGCCAACAGAGCGCCCACUGCUCGUCCACCUGCACCCUCUAUGGGGAGGGUCACGUGGUCACCUUUGACGGGCAGCGCUUCGUGUUUGAGGGCAACUGCGAGUACAUCCUGGCCACGGAUGGCUGCGGCACCAAUGAUUCGCAGCCCACCUUCAAGAUCCUGACAGAGAAUGUCGUGUGUGGAAAAUCGGGUGUCACCUGCUCCCGGGCCAUCAGGAUAUCCCUGGGGGGCCUGUCCAUCGUGCUGGCCGACAGGAACUACACAGUCAGCGGGGCAGACCCCCAGGUGCACUUCCGGGUCAAGGCCGGCUCCCUGCACCUGCUGCUGGACAUCACCAUCGGCAGCAGCUACAACCUGACCGUCAUCUGGAACAAGCACAUGACCGUCUCCAUCAAGAUCUCGCGUGCCUCACAGGACGCCCUGUGCGGCCUAUGCGGUAACUACAACGGGAACAUGAAGGACGACUUUGAAACACGCAGCAAGUACGUGGCGUCCAGCGAGCUGGAAUUCGUGAAUUCAUGGAAGGAGAGCCCACUGUGUGGGGACGCCAGCUUCGCACUGGACCCCUGCAGCCUCAAUGCCUUCCGCCGCGCCUGGGCCGAGCGCAAGUGCAGCAUCAUCAACAGCCAGACCUUCGCCGCCUGCCACAGCCAGGUGUACCGCCUGCCUUACUACGAGGCCUGUGUGCGUGACACGUGUGGCUGUGACACUGGUGGGGACUGUGAGUGCCUAUGCGACGCUGUAGCCGCCUAUGCCAAGGCCUGCCUGGACAAGGGCGUGUGCGUGGACUGGAGGGCCCCUGACUUCUGCCCCAUCUACUGCGGCUUCUACAACUCCCACACGCGGGUGGACGACGGCCAGUUCCAGUACACCCAGGAGGCCAACUGCACAUGGCACUACCAGCCGUGCCUCUGCCCCCAGCAGCUGCAGAGCCUCCCGGGCACCAACAUCGAAGGCUGCUACAACUGCUCCCAGGAUGAGUACUUCGACCAGGACAAGAGGACAUGCAUGCCCUGCAUGCUGCUGCCCACCACUCCGCUGCCGCCCACCACAGGCCCGCCCACCACAGAAGCCAGGCCCACCUCUGCCAACCCCAACACCACGGCCACCCCCAGAACCACUGGCACUCUCAGCUCCACUGCACCCUCACCAAGCUCCCAUGCCACACCUACACCCACGGCCUCGGCCCCGGCCCCCUCCUCCACACAGGCAGGGACAGCCCCGAUCACCGGGACAGAACCAACAGCCCCCUCAGGAGGGUCACCUCGAACGACCACCGCUGUCACCAUGAGAGCCACAUCAGUGCUGGCCCCCACAGCCACCCCCAGAUCAACGGCCACUGCACCCACCGUGACACAGGCCACGACGCAGCCCUCAGCACUCCCCAUCAGCACAGCCACCCAAUCCACAGCUCGAUCCACAGUGCGCACCACAGUGGCACGGCCAACACCACCCACCCAAGAUACACCGACAGAGAUCCCCAAAAGAACCACCACACGAUCGCCCCACAGCACCACAGACCAGACCACCAAAAACACAAGCCCAGGCACAAGGUCAACAAUGGCCACGUCCCCUCCACGCACCACCGUCUCCCCCAAGACCACCAGCAGAGGCACAGGGACCCCAGGGGCACACACUGCCACGGCCACGCCCAGCAGGCCACACACUCCAUUCACCACUCAGUCCCCCAACACGGGGUCAGUGUCCACCACCGCACACCUGACAGGCCCGCCCACAGGAACAUCAUUCCGGACCACCACCACCUUCCCAACAGCAUCUCCAUCCAAGACCACGCAGUCCACUCCCGUUCCAAACUCUGCCACCUCCUCUGUCACUCCCACUUCGCACCGAGUGGUCACCCCAACGCAACCAGACACCCACUCUCCUUACCCCUCUACUUCAAGGCCAACAGGCUCCUCUCCGCCAUCCACACACGUCCCGGUCACAGGCACAGGGCCCUCACCCACCGCUCCGCCAGGGACCAUGACCACAACGGGAACCACCCAAGCCCCUCACUCUGUCAGCACAGCCAAGACCUCCACCUCCCUCGUGUCACACCCCUCCGCCCCGGCACACUCUGGGACCACGUCCCCUCCACGCACCACCGUCUCCCCCAAGACCACCAGCAGAGGCACAGGGACCCCAGGGGCACACACUGCCACGGCCACGCCCAGCAGGCCACACACUCCAUUCACCACUCAGUCCCCCAACACGGGGUCAGUGUCCACCACCGCACACCUGACAGGCCCGCCCACAGGAACAUCAUUCCGGACCACCACCACCUUCCCAACAGCAUCUCCAUCCAAGACCACGCAGUCCACUCCCGUUCCAAACUCUGCCACCUCCUCUGUCACUCCCACUUCGCACCGAGUGGUCACCCCAACGCAACCAGACACCCACUCUCCUUACCCCUCUACUGCAAGGCCAACAGGCUCCUCUCCGCCAUCCACACACGUCCCGGUCACAGGCACAGGGCCCUCACCCACCGCUCCGCCAGGGACCAUGACCACAACGGGAACCACCCAAGCCCCUCACUCUGUCAGCACAGCCAAGACCUCCACCUCCCUCGUGUCACACCCCUCCGCCCCGGCACACUCUGGGACCACGUCCCCUCCACGCACCACCGUCUCCCCCAAGACCACCAGCAGAGGCACAGGGACCCCAGGGGCACACACUGCCACGGCCACGCCCAGCAGGCCACACACUCCAUUCACCACUCAGUCCCCCAACACGGGGUCAGUGUCCACCACCGCACACCUGACAGGCCCGCCCACAGGAACAUCAUUCCGGACCACCACCACCUUCCCAACAGCAUCUCCAUCCAAGACCACGCAGUCCACUCCCGUUCCAAACUCUGCCACCUCCUCUGUCACUCCCACUUCGCACCGAGUGGUCACCCCAACGCAACCAGACACCCACUCUCCUUACCCCUCUACUGCAAGGCCAACAGGCUCCUCUCCGCCAUCCACACACGUCCCGGUCACAGGCACAGGGCCCUCACCCACCGCUCCGCCAGGGACCAUGACCACAACGGGAACCACCCAAGCCCCUCACUCUGUCAGCACAGCCAAGACCUCCACCUCCCUCGUGUCACACCCCUCCGCCCCGGCACACUCUGGGACCACGUCCCCUCCACGCACCACCGUCUCCCCCAAGACCACCAGCAGAGGCACAGGGACCCCAGGGGCACACACUGCCACGGCCACGCCCAGCAGGCCACACACUCCUUUCACCAUUCACUCUUCCCCCAUGGUUUCUGUGUCCACUACUUCACAGUCCACUCUUCUCACCACCCGAGUUCCCAUGCCUAGCCUCAUGUCAUCCACUCUGGGGGUGACAUCCAUCCCCAGUUCUCCUGCCACGAACCUCACCACCAGGCAUCCUAGUACCACUGGACUGCUGACCACUAUCUUCCUGACCAGCUCCAUCACUACGCAAAGAAGCUCCUCCUCCCCCACUGCGGGGUCCUCCGCCUCAUCUCUCCUCACAUCCUGGCCCAGCUACUCCAGUUCUAGGCCCAGCCAACCAGACACACCUAUGCCCACAGAGGUCUGCCGUGUGAGGGAACUUGAGGAGGAGGUCACUUAUGAGGGGUGCACGGCCAACGUGACAGUGACCCGCUGUGAGGGCGUCUGCGCCUCUGUAACGAGGGUCUGUAGCACUGACUGCAACUGUGACCCCAGGGACAACUGCACGGAUAGCUUAAGGCCACCAACAGGGAAGAGACCAGCUCGCCUUCCAGAAUCUUCUCUGCUGGCCAUGUUUAACCCUCCAGUCACAAAUGGGAACCAGCCCCUGGCCACUACAGUGAAACCCAAAGAUGAGUGA